AUGGCUACAGAUGCUCUGCCUGUUGACCCGGGCAAGGCCCAGGUCAUAGACCGGGUGCCCAAAGUCAUCAAAGAGAUCAAUUUUGGUGUCCUUUCAAAUCAAGACAUCAUCAGCCAGGCGCACGUUGAAAUCUCAGACAGAAAGCUUUUCGAUCUCGAUAACAAUCGCGCGGUUGCCCGAAAUGGCCCCAUGGACCCUCGUCUCGGUAUAUCUAAUAAGUCAGAUACUUGCGAAACAUGCGGCGGUGAUUUACAGGAGUGUAACGGGCAUUUCGGAUACGUUCGACUCGUCCUGCCGGCUUUCCACGUCGGAUAUUUUAAGCGCACCAUUGAGAUAUUACAAGAUAUUUGCAAGGAUUGUUCCAAGAUUUUGCUUCCAGAGGACGAGAGACGAUCAUACUUGAAAGAACUACGACGACCGGGAUUGGACAAUUUAAGGCGCAUGCAGAUAAAUAAGCGCAUUAAUGUCAGAUGUCGGAAGACUCCCAUAUGCUACUACUGCAACGCAAUCAAUGGAACCGUCAAGAAAGCGAGCACCGGAGCUUUGAAGAUCGUGCACGACAAGUUCAGGGCUUUCAAUGCCUCCCUCUCGGCGAAGAAGAUUCCUCCACCAAGCAAACUUGCCUUUGAUCGGUCCUUUGAGGAAGCGAAAAAAUCAAAUCCGGAUAUCGAGAAACACUAUAGACGUGUUUUCGACGACCUAAAUCCACUCCGCGUGCUGAAGCUGUUUCGUCGCAUUUCCAAUGAAGAUUGCGAAUUGCUUAGUUUGAAUGUUGAUGGGGCUCGGCCUGAAUAUUUCCUUUGGCAGUUCAUUCCUGCUCCUCCCGUUCCUAUUCGGCCAUCUGUCGGUCAGGAGGGGGCGAGUACAGAAGAUGACCUCACUGCAAAGCUAGGAGACAUCGUCCAAAGCAAUCUCAAUUUGAAAAUGGCCUUGGAUAAAGGAGCACCCGUACAGACCAUUAUCGAAUGCUGGGACUACAUGCAACUUCAGAUUGCCGUUUAUAUCAACAGUGAUAUCCCGGGCUUACAGAAUACGGAUUCCAAAAAGACCAUUCGAGGACUAUGCCAGAGAUUAAAAGGCAAGCAGGGACGAUUCCGAGGAAAUUUGUCAGGAAAGCGUGUUGAUUUUUCCGGACGAACUGUCAUCUCACCGGAUCCUAAUUUGCGCAUUGACGAAGUUGCCGUUCCACAGCUGGUUGCAAUGAACAUGACCUACCCAGAACGGGUGACAAGAUACAACAAGGAAAAGCUACGUCAGUGUAUACGGAAUGGCACAAAGACCUGGCCUGGCGCAAAUUAUCUGAUAAAAGAAGGCAACUCGUUCAGGCUCUUCUUGAAGUACGGUAACCUGAACAUGAUAGCAAACCAGCUUAGGGAAGGAGAUGUAGUUGAGCGGCAUUUAGAAGAUGGAGAUAUUGUUCUGUUCAACCGUCAGCCAUCUCUUCACAAACUGAGUAUCCUCUCGCAUUUUGUCAAAGUCCGGCCCCAUAGAACUUUCCGGCUGAACGAGUGUGUCUGCAAUCCGUACAAUGCCGAUUUCGACGGUGAUGAGAUGAAUCUGCACGUUCCACAGACUGAGGAAGCGAGAGCUGAAGCCAUGGAACUUAUGGGAGUUAAGAGCAACUUGGCUACACCAAAGAACGGAGAGCCAAUCAUUGCUGCUAUUCAGGAUUUUAUUACUGCUGCCUACCUGCUCAGCAGUAAGGAUAAUUUCUUUGAUAGAAAAACAUUCACUCAGAUAUGUCUUUCAAUGCUAGACUCCAGCACUCGAUUUGAGCUCCCACCACCAGCAACGAUUAAACCACAAAUGCUCUGGACUGGCAAGCAAGUAUUCAGCGUUCUCAUGAGACCAAACAAAGACAGCCCCGUCAAAGUCAACCUUGAUGCAGCAUGUCGUCAACUCAAGCUCGUCAAGGGCCAGCCGAGGGAUUUGUGUGAGAAUGACGGAUGGCUCUGUAUCCGCAAUUCAGAAAUGUUAUGUGGAGUUGCAGACAAAUCAACAAUUGGAGCUGGAAAGAAGGAUAAUAUCUUCUUCGUCAUCCAAAGAGAUUUCGGCUAUGCGGCCGCCGCAGAGGCCAUGAAUAGGCUGUCGAAACUCUCCGCUAGGUGGUUGACAAAUAAGGGCUUCUCCAUCGGUAUAACGGACGUAUAUCCAGGAGAAAGCCUGGUCAGGUUAAAAGAUACCCUGAUAAACACCGCUUUCCAGCAAUGUGAUGAUCUAAUCACAGCCGCCAGCAAAGAGAAACCCCAAAUGGGUAAAUCGGAUAGUCGCCAAACAGCAGAGAAUGAAAUCACUGGUAUUCUUAACAAAGUUCGUCAACAAGCUGGUGAAUACUGUAUAUCAGAGCUUAGCAAGCACAAUGCGCCACUUAUCAUGGCAACAUGCGGCUCCAAGGGAUCCAACAUCAACGUGUCCCAGAUGGUAGCUGUCGUCGGACAACAAUCCAUUGAGAAUGCUCGUGUCUCCAAAGGCUUCCAGGACCGAACCCUACCGCAUUUUGCUCGCCAUUCCCAACAUGCUCUUGCGAAGGGUUUUGUGCGAAACAGUUUCUUUUCUGGACUUACUCCCACUGAAUUUCUCUUCCACGCUAUGUCUGGUCGUGAGGGUUUGAUCGAUACUGCCGUCAAAACCGCAGAAACAGGCUACAUGUCACGAAGACUUAUGAAAUCGCUUGAGGAUCUAUCUACUCGGUACGAUAAUACUGUCCGAGAUUCAUCAUCGUUUAUCAUCCAGUUCCAGUAUGGAGACGAUCAGCUAGACCCUGUCAAUAUGGAAGCUUCGGCCAAGCCCGUUCACUUUGACCGUACCUUUACACAUGCAGAGAGUACUACAUACGACAGAAAUGACAAGGGUCUCUCGGCAGAUGAAAUAUUGGUGUUGUGUGAAGAACUCAUAGCCCCAGAGCGCAAGAAAUUGGUUCGGUACGAUUUACUCGGCAACACGCUCGCUUAUAAGGCUGGAAACGAUUUCGAUACCGACCAGUGGGAAAGCAACCGUGACUUCCUAAGUUCGAUUGAAGAGUAUGUGGCAGCAAAGGCUGCGCAGCAGACCUUUCUGAUUUCCUAUAUUCCAUUUCCAUUUAUCUUACUUCUUCUUGUUGAUCCAAGUGCUCGACGGUCAAAGCCUUUAUCACGUCGUGCUUGGAUAAGGGCCAUUGGUGCGCAGUCAAUCGGUGAGCCUGGCACACAAAUGACACUGAAGACUUUCCAUUUCGCUGGUGUUGCUGGUAUGAGUAUUACUCAGGGUGUGCCGCGUAUCAAGGAAAUUAUCAACGCAUCGAAAGAGAUCAGUACGCCGAUUAUCACUUGCGAGCUUGUGAACAAGACGGACAUGCGUAUUGCUGAGAUUGUCAAAGGCCGUGUUGAGAAGCUGUUCCUCAAGGACAUUGUCUACUAUAUUGAAGAAAACCGCUCUCAGACGUCCUCUUUUAUCAACAUCAAGGUUGAUUUCUCAACAAUUAAAAAGUUGCAGCUUGAGUUGACACUACGGCAAAUCUUACUUGCCAUUAAAAAACACAAAGCAUUCAAGGCUACUGAUCUGACAUUCCGGUCCUUCAAGUCGCAUAUCCACAUCUAUGUGGAUGAGGGUGCGUCGAUGGCGGGCGUUUCAGUUUCUGAGCAAAAGAUAACUGGCUCAGACCCAUACAUUCGAAUCAAUUACCUGAGGCGAAUUCUCCCGAACAUCCAAGUGUUCGGCUAUCCGGACUGCACACGAGCAGUCAUUCGUGUUGGAGAAAAAGUUGCCACUAACAUUCUCUUGGUCGAAGGAUAUGGCCUCCGGGCUUGCAUGACGACUGAUGGAAUCGAAGGCCACCGCACCCGUACCAACCACGUCAUGGAGAUGCGGGACGUUCUUGGUAUUGAGGCGGCGCGAACGACGAUUAUCGACGAGAUCAGCUCUGUCAUGUCUGGCAUGGCGAUCGAUCCUCGACAUAUGCAGCUUCUUGCAGAUGUUAUGACAUAUAAAGGCGAGGUGCUUGGAAUUACCCGUUUCGGAUUGGCCAAGAUUCGCGACUCAGUUCUACAGCUGGCAAGUUUCGAGAAGACGGCGGAUCAUCUCUUUGACGCGGGUGGUGCGGGCAGACAUGACACUGUCCAAGGAGUGUCUGAGUGUAUCAUUAUGGGCAAGACGAUUUCAUUGGGCACAGGUAGUAUGGAGGUUGUUCGAGACCUGAAGCUUCUUGACAGCCAUGUGGGUAAGAAAAAGACGGUGUUUGAUGACGCGUGGAGGGACAUCUGUGAACCGAAGCAGAGAAGACGUGCCCUUCCCCGUAUGGCUAUGGCUUGCUAG